UAAGAAAUUCUACGUGGAUGAACUGGGACUCCUACUGGAGAGAACUGGAAGUCAACCUUCCUGGUUUCCCAGGAAAUAUGGAUAAUUAUAAACAACAGGGGCAUUCCCUAGUGGAACCCGAAACUAGGAGCUCAGGGUCAAGGCUCGCCAGGCCUGGAAAUAGAGCAAGGAACACGGACCGGCCCUCCGACUGGGCCUUCUACAGAGCGGUCCAAAAGGAGUAUAGGGACUCCGUAGUUAGAGCGAGGAAGAAAAGUUGGCAGGACUUCUGUUGGUCGGUGAUACCGCUAGGCUUCGUAGACUCCAAUCAAAGGAUUUUGACACUGAAUUAGAUGCAAUUCGCAUU